AUGACCACGCGAGCGACGCGGGCUUCGACCGCUCGUCAGACGAGGGCUGCGGCGAAGUCUGAGCCAGCACAGCUUUCCAGUCCGCCCGCUACUCCUGCGCCUUCUAAACGGAGUGCGUCCAAAAAGGGACCUCGAGCGGCUGUCGACCCGAAGACUGCAGCCAAAGCAACCAAGGACUCCGUGAAAGCUGAACCGAUUACCCCCAACACCGGGCGCAAAAGGGCCAGAGCCACCGCGAAGAGAGAAGACGACAUCAAUGACUUGCCGCAUGGACUCGGUGCCAUUCCAUCAGUCGAUGAUGAUCCAGUCGAGGACGAAAAGCCUCCUGCCAAGAAACGCAAGGCCAAAUCAGGUACUGAGCGCACGAACUUGAAUGUUUCCAAGGCUCUCGAGGAUGCAGCUCCCUUAGCCGAAAAGCUGGCCGAGGACGACAAAGCGGCUGUAAAGUCGACCAAAAAGAAGCCCGGCAAGGGCAAGAACAACAGCUACGGCCUGACUCCUGGACAAACGCCUUAUCCUGACUACCCUCACCCUACACCCGAGGAAUGCGAAGAAGUGACGCACCUGUUGUCGAAAGUACAUGGCCAUGUUCAAGCACCCAAGGAAGUGCCAGCGCCAUCUCUUACUACCACUGGUUGUGGCGAGGUUCCCUCAGUGCUGGACGCAUUGAUCAGGACUCGUUUGAGUGCGGCAACCUCAAGCACCAACUCCUCCCGUGCGUUCCAAGGCUUAGUCAAGCGCUUCGGCAUCAUCGAAGAAGGCGUGGGCAAAGGAAGCGUAAACUGGAACGCCGUCCGAAUGGCCGACACGAAAGCAGUCUUCGAAGCCAUCAAGAGCGGCGGCCUCGCGGACGUCAAGAGUAAAGAUAUCAAGAAGAUCCUCCAGAUGGUCCACGACGAGAACCAGGCCCGGCACGAUGCCCUCGUCAAGAACUCAGUCAACGACCCCGCCGGCGCCGAAAACGAGAGCGCGCAAGAACGCGAGCUCGAGGUCGCCCGCGCCGAGUCCAACAUACUGUCUCUCGACCACCUGCACUCGCUCUCGUCCAACGACGAGAUCAUGACGCACCUCCUGCGCUACCCGGGCAUCGGCGUCAAGACCGCCUCCUGCGUCCUGCUAUUCUGCUUCCAGCGUCCCUCGUUCGCCGUGGACACCCACGUCUUCCGCCUCGCCAAGUGGCUUCAAUGGGUCCCGCCGGAUGUCAAGAACGUGACCCGCGACUCCACGUACGCGCACCUCGACGUCCGCAUCCCUGACGAACUCAAGUACCCAUUGCACGCGCUACUCAUCCGCCAUGGUAAAAGCUGCCCCCGGUGCCGGGCCAUCACGGGCAUCGCCAGCGAGGGUUGGGAGAAGGGUUGCCCGAUCGAUCACCUGGUCAAGAGGACAGGUGUGAGGAAGGGAGGCGGUGGAUCAAAGGAGGCGACAACUACUCCGACCCGUAAACGCAAGUCGAAGAAGACGUACGUCUCCGAGGGAGAGGAAAGCGAGCUGAGCGAUGUCGGCAGCAGCAGCGGCGAUGAGGCGGUCAGUGAACCAUCGGAUUUAGAGGAUGACGAAUGA